UCACGAAAGGCCAGUAAGUAGCUAUAAACUUUUUGGUAUGGAAGUGGCUGCUUUAAAAAAGAAUGAGUAUUUGAGGUUGCCUGACGUGUACACUCAAAAGUCUAUUCCUGUCACUAAAGAAAAUAUCCCUAAAGAAGAAGACUUAAGAAAAUGGCCUUACUUAAAAGAUGUUGAGUUGACACCGAUAAAUGCUGGCAUUGGGCUACUUAUUGGUGUAAAUUCUCCCAAAGCGCUGGAACCUUGGAAAAUCGUUAACAGUGAGGGUAAUGGACCCUAUGCUGUGCUAACUCGUCUUGGUUGGGUUGUCAAUGGGCCACUCAAUCAUGGUAGUGAAAAGGAUGAGCAUGAUGCUAGUUUUGUCCAAGUAAACCGCAUUUCUAUAAGUAGUUUAGAGGAAAUGCUGGUUAAACAGUAUAAUCAAGAUUUUGUGGAGAGCCAGUGUAAUGAACGUGCAGAAAUGUCUGUAGAGGAUAAACGGUUCAUGAGCAUAAUGUCAGAGUCAGCUGUACUUAAGGAUGGUCAUUAUUACUUGAAAUUACCCUUUCGUAAACCUGAAGUAAGAAUGCCAAACAACAAGCAGGUGGCUCAGCAGAGGGCGCAAUAUCUGCUAAGACGGUUUCAGAAAGAUCAGUUAUUCUUUGAAGAAUACAAGGAAUUCAUGCACAAUGUUAGUAUGGAAGGACAUUCAGAAAUCAUACCACAAGAACAGUUGAAGCAUGAGGAAGGAAAGGUGUGGUAUAUACCUCAUCAUGGGGUGUACCACCCCCGCAAGAAAACACUGCGUGUUGUGUAUGAUUGUGCUUCAACAUUUGCUGGAACAUCACUGAACAAAGAGCUAUUACAAGGCCCAGAUCUGACUAGCACUUUAUUAGGUGUGCUGAUUCGCUUUCGGCAGGGUCCAAUAGCGCUUAUGACAGACAUUAAAGGGAUGUUUCAUCAGGUGAGAGUACCUGAGGAACACGUAAACUUUUUACGUUUUCUCUGGUGGCCCGAUGGUGACAUCACAAAACAGCUGGUGGAACAUAGAAUGUUAGUCCACAUUUUUGGUGCAGUAUCCUCCCCCAGCUGUGCCACCUAUGCACUACUAAAGACUGCUGAUGACAACCAACAUCUGUACCCAGAGGAGGUUAUACGUACAAUCAGGCAUAGUUUUUAUGUAGAUGACUGUCUUAAAUCUACUCAGUCUGUUGAGCAAGCCAUCUCACUUUAUCAGCAGCUUACUGAGGUGUGUGCCAAGGGGGGAUUUAAGCUCAAUAAGUGGGUAUGUAGUGAUCGCUCUGUCCUCUGUCAGAUCCCGGAGGAAAAUAGAGCCACAGGUGUAAAGAUGCUGGACCUUAGUCGGGACCAGCUACCCACAGAAAGAGCUCUCGGUGUGCAAUGGGAUAUUGAACAUGAUGUUUUCACAUUCAAUAUUGUGAACAAGGACAAACCACUUACAAGACGUGGUAUUCUGUCCAAUGUCAGCUCCAUUUACGACCCUUUGGGUUUCUUAGCUCCAGUCAUUCUGCCUGCAAAACAAAUUCUGCAACAUCUAUGUAAACUGAGGUUUGGCUGGGAUGAGACAAUACCAGCAGAAAUGGCACAAACUUGGCAAAAAUGGGUUGAAGAUUUAGUUCUUCUUAACAAGUUUAGUAUUAGUAGGUGUGUCACACCCAAAGGAUUUGGGGAGAUAAAAAGUGCACAGCUGCAUCACUUUUGUGAUGCCAGUGAAACUGGGUAUGGUGCUGUAUCAUAUCUUAGGCUAUCUAAUAGCAAGCAGGAAGUGUGUGUUUCCUUUAUUAUUGGUAAAGCAAGGGUGGCGCCGUUAAAACAAGUCACCAUCCCACGUCUUGAGCUGGCUGCUGCAGUUUUAGCUGUGCGCUUGGACAAAAUGCUAUCAGUUGAACUUAAUCUUAAUCUGAGUGAAUCAGUCUUUUGGUCUGACAGCACAACUGUGCUACAGUACAUUGCAAACACAACCACACGGUUCAAAACGUAUGUGGCUAAUAGAGUUUCCAUCAUUCAUGCUUUAACAAAAGUUGAGCAGUGGAGGUACAUCAGUUCAAAGCUGAAUCCAGCUGAUGCAGCCUCUCGAGGAAUGACAGUUGGCUGUUUCCUGAAAUCUUCCACCUGGAUCAGUGGUCCAGAUUUUCUCAGUAAACCUGUUGUUCACUGGCCUGUAGGCAUGAAUUGUGUAUCUGUCCAUUUGGAAGCUGACCCAGAAAUAAAAGGGGAGGGCCUGAUGUGUGCAGCUGUGUUGAAAGAAGAUGUGUGUCCCACUACUAAGCUGCUGAUGUACUUCUCCAGAUGGACAAAAUUAAAAAGGUGUGUGGCAUGGGUGCUGAAAGUAAAAGAAAGGCUUAAACUGCAAACAACGAAAAGACAGAAGCUGCUGGACACGCACUGUGGAAAUCAAAGAUGUGCUAAAAAGGAUAAUAAAUGGAACACUCUGCUCAAAACUGAGGAUUUGUCCAAGGCUGAGGAAGCUAUAGUGAGCUUUGUGCAGAGAAAACAUUAUGCUGAUGAAAUGACUGCCCUAAACUCUGGCACUGUAAGGAAGUCGAGUCAUCUGUAUAAGCUUGAUCCUGUAGUUACUAAUGGUGUCUUGAGAGUGGGUGGAAGACUGAGCAAAGCAGAUUUACCUGAGGAAACAAAACAUCCUGCAAUUUUGCCAAAAGAAAGCCAUGUUUCAAAGCUUAUUCUUCAGCAUAUUCACGAAAAGAUUGGUCACAGAGGAAGAAAUCACAUGCUUUCAACUCUUCGCCGUCAAUACUGGAUCCCUCAUGCUAAUUCAGCAGCUAGAAAAAUAAUCAGAGACUGUAUAGUGUGUCAAAGACAACGGCAAAAGCCAGGUGAGCAGAAAAUGUCUGAUCUUCCUAUUGACAGAAUCUCAGCUGAUCUUCCACCAUUUACUUAUGUUGGUGUUGAUUAUUUUGGACCAAUAGAAGUAAAGAGAGGCAGAAGUCUUGUUAAGAGGUAUGGAGUUCUUUUCACAUGCCUAACCUGUCGUGCAGUUCACCUUGAGGUGGCGCAUUCUCUUGAUACAGAUUCCUGCAUUAAUGCCAUCAGGAGAUUCAUCUGCCGCAGAGGACAAGUCAAAGAAAUCCGGUCAGACAAUGGAACCAACUUUGUCAGCUCAAAUCGUGAGUUAAAACAAGCUAUGUUAGAGCUGAACCAAAGUAAAAUCCAAAAAGGUUUAGCACAGGAUGGCAUAAAGUGGACCUUUAACCCGCCUUAUGGGGCCCAUCAUGGUGGAGUAUGGGAGCGCUUGGUGCAAGAAAUAAAGAGAAUAUUAUGCUCUAUCACAAACCAGCAAGUACUAGAUGAUGAAAUCUUGCAUACAGUUUUGUGUGAAGUGGAGGCUAUACUGAAUGACCGCCCAAUCACACCUUCUUCUGACGAUCCCAAUGAUGUAGAAGCUCUUACUCCAAAUCACUUGCUCCAGUUAAAAGGCAAACCUGUGCUGCCACCAGGUUUAUUCAAAAAAGAGGAUCUGUAUCUGCGAAGACGAUGGAAACAAGCCCAGUAUAUUGUGGAUCUAUUCUGGAAAAGAUGGGUGAAAGAAUACCUUCCUAUGUUGCAGGAACGACAGAAAUGGAACAAGAUUCAUAGGAACUUUUGCAUUGGUGAUGUUGUGCUUAUUGUUGAUGGAGCUGCACCAAGAAAUUCUUGGCCCAUUGGCCGCAUCACUGACACCAUGGCCGAUGCACACGGAGUAGUUCGCCGUGUUCGAGUUAAGACAAGAACAAAUGAGCUGGAGAGGCCAAUCAACAAAAUAUGUCUCCUGGUGGAGGCCAUCUAGAGGAAACAAUGAAUGUUUGCCUCCAACUGAGCCAAGUUCUGGAACCUCUGGCUCUACAUUUACACUGACACUCACUUUGCUCUACACUCCAUCAUGCAACAUACACCUUUUUUCAAUACACACAAAGCAAACACAUGAACAACAGACUUGAAAUCAUAGAACAUUGACCUUUCCUUUUGUUUGUUUUUUAAGAAGACCUAUAUGGACUACUGAAGAAAAUUAUUGGUAUUGCAUUUUCUGAUGGCCACUUAGACAGAUAUAAUUCAUGUUACACAGGAAUUAGGGGCCGGAAUGUUGUGGCCAUUUAUGUUGAACGUUUAUAAAAUGCAAUUUGUAUUCAUUUUUGUUUUUUCUUUGCAGUUGUAAGAAUAUACUGACCUAGUUUUAUUGUGUAAAUUUGUAAUCGAUUUGUAAUC